AUGGCUAGGAAUAUGUGGGUAAGGGUUAUCAAAACUGAGAAGCUUAAUGAGUUCUUGACUUUUCCUUACAAGAUUUGGAAUGAACGUAACUUAAGGGCUCCUGAAGUUUAUGUUGAAAGAGAUGAGUUUAUUUAUCGUUGCAAUCGCUUUGUUGAUGAUGUUGUGACUGCUAAUGUUAGCAACAAAAAUCGUAGUCCAUCAAUGUCUAGAAGCAUCUUGUCUUGGAGUCGACCUCCCACUGGUUGGAUUAAGGGAAACUCGGAUGGGGUUGUUAGAACAUGUGACAAUAUGGCGGCUGUAGGAAGUGUUCUGCGCAACUCUGAGGGAGAAUGGAUUUUUGGUUUCACGCUUAGUCUAGGACGUUGUUUGAUUCUUACCACUGAGCUGUGGGGUGUUCAUGAUCUUGUUGCAUGCUUGGAGACUAGGAAUCCGAUAUAUUGA